CAAGUUCCUACUUGUAACUUAAAUAUGUCGUUUCAUUGUUAUUUAACAUUAUUGCUCAAACAACGAUGACUAUUGCAUGAGUGGUUAGCUUAUUUAUUGCUUUAAUUUCGUAUUAUUUCGCUAUUCUUUACAAAACUGUAACCAGAUUCAGACGCAUUAAGCUUAACAUAGUUUUAAUAACUUAAACAAUGGAAUUUCCUCAUAUUGGGAAGAAUUGUUCUUAUAAAUCCUGUAAUAAACUGGACUUUCUGCCAAUGAAAUGUGAUGCUUGCAAGGAUGUAUAUUGCUCUGACCACUUUACAUACAUUAAACAUGAGUGCCCAUCACCUAAUGGAAGGGAUGUGCAAGUCCCGCAGUGUCCGCUAUGUGGUGCACCGGUUCCUGGGAAGAGAGGAGAAGCUCCUGAUGUUGCUGUGGGUGCACACAUAGACAAUCAAUGUACUUCAGAUCCUGCAAAGGAAAGAAGAAAUAAGGUAUUCACAAAUAGAUGCUCUUAUAAGGGAUGCAAAACGAAAGAGUUGGUGCCUUUAGUAUGCAGUGAAUGUACACUUAAUUACUGUCUUCGUCACCGACAUGUAGCUGAUCAUGCCUGUGAAGGGAAAUUAGCUGCUAAGAGAAGACAAGCUGCUAAAGCAGCAAUGGCCCGUAUAAAAGCAAAUGAAACUAAUCUAACAAACGGAACAGCCGUCUCUACUUCUGUCACGGCAUUCUCAGAGGUACAAGGAAAUAUGUCGGAGGACGAGGCGCUGGCCCGCGCGUUGGCGCUGUCGAUGCAGGAGCAGAAUUCCGCUGUCCGCGACACGAACUUCGCGCGUGCGCUCGCCCGCCAGCGCGUGGGGGGAGAGCAGAACUCGCGCUGCUCCGUGUCCUAGCGCGUUGGCAGGGAGCAGAGAUUACGCUGCUCCGUGUCCUAGCGCAUAGGGUUGAGCAGAGCUCGCGCUGCUCCAUGUCCAAGUGCCGGCACUCGUGGAUUGUCGCAUAGUCACAGCUAGUUGCGUAUGUUACGGCUAAAUUUAGUUCUCAUAGAUAAGUCGGAAACUUUAGUUUUUAUAUUUUACUAGAAAAACCCGACAGAUGUUUUCAAGCCUGAGUCAAUUUCAAUUUUCAUGGCGGUCGGUUGAACGUUGUAAAAGUCGAUGUGCUGCAGCACCAUCUAGCCUAACCAUUAUACCCUUCCAAAUUUUACAUACGACCUUUUGCAAUAACGAAAGGAAUAUCUCAACUCGAAUGUUCUACUAGAGUCCGUUAUAUAUUUUACUUAAAGUCUUAUUCAAAUGUGCUAUUAAUAAUAAUUAUAAGAAUGUUUACAUAUUAUACAACGUUAUAACAAACGAAUCUGCCUUAAUAUUUAAGCUUUGCUUAAGAAAGUAUAGAUUAGUUCAUUAAAAGUGAUAUUAUACGACCAAACGAUAUUGAUACAAGCAGCCAUUAAUGUUAAUAUCUGUUUGUUUCUUUUGAAAAUGCUUAGUGGGUUUUUUUUAAUAAAGAUAAAAUAUAAUCAAUUUUGGUAACAAAGGUUGUUUGUAAAUAUUAUAAAUUCUAGUUAAAAUAAUUACACAGAACAAUACUAAAUGAGCCCAUAGUGGUGGGUUUUACUGUUGAAGGGUAUCCUCAUCUUGGCUGAUGAUAAAGCCAUAAUAAAUCAAUUUAAACAUCGUAAGUUUGAACCAAUUUUGACCAGCAAUGUGAUAACUUGUUUAUAUAUUAUUACUUAAGUUUACAUAUGUAUAUAUCAUAAUAAUAACUAUAAAUGUGGUAUUAUCUCUAUAUAUUUAAUUUUUUUUUCUUAUUUUUAUGUUUUUGUUACAAUAUUGCCUGCCAGAGAUUGGUGUAAACGAUAAAGCAGCCCUUGAGAAAUUUUAAUAUAUUGUUUAUCCUGCGCUAUGAUAAAUUUGGAAAAACGAAAUUAUAAACAAAAAAAAUUGAUAAGGCUCUUCUAUGUUAACAAUUUAGCUGUAACUAUAAAUAUGCUUGAAUUUAAUAUAUAAGUCCAGCGGAUUUUAACGACACAAUAUUAAAUAAAUUUGUCCAAUAGUGCGUUAUAGUCUAAUUCGUAGUUAUGUACUUUUAGUACAAUAUCAAUAAAAAUGCUUUAAAAUACUAAAAAAUUCCUUUAAUAGCACAAUUAUACAUCUAUAAGCCGUUAGUUGUAAUUUUUAAUGUCACAUUUAUAUGUUAAGUUUCCGUUAUCGCGUGGAAAUCACGUUUUGUGUCUGUCUUUUUUGUCUAGAAAUGUGUAAAUGAUGACCAAAUAAAAUCCUCUUAAUUUUAGAUUAUAUAAGCUUUGUACAUAUUACUUUAGAUAUAAUGUUUUUAUAAAGCUGUUAUACAAAUCACGAGCUUCGAAUGUUAAUCAAUGGACAUGAUUAUUAUUGUUAAUAAUUGCUUGAAUUAAAUAUAUUUUAAUAUGUAUUAUAAAAGAUCCCGUCAUCUGACAUUGACAGCACGACAGGUAGAGGAUAAAAUGGCAAAACUUUACAGAAACAAAUAUUAUAAAAUAAUAAUUUGAAAAUCGAUCAUAAUUUUGUAUAGAUAAGAACGAAAUGGGUUAUGUAUUGCCGUUUUUUGGUUUGAAGGGUGAUAUUAUAUAUAUAUGAGCCAGUAUAAUUAGAGGCACUAAAAAUAAUGUCUCAUGUCUGAUGGCUCGGCAUUGACAGUGUAAGACGUGAUUUUUACUUACAGUGCCUUCGAGUAAAGUUGUCCACUAACGAUAAAAUCUGCUCUUAAGCCUUUCUAAAAUCAAUUAAAUCGGCGUGUCUAUAUAUUCGAAUUCUACCUAAUAUAAACACCAUAAAGUGCUAACGAAUACAUCGAGAUAUUAAAUGUUUGUAUUCCAAGUUUUCUUAGAUAAAAAUCUACUGCCUGUCGUAAAUGCGACAACAUACGAGGACAAAUUGUAAUUUAUGGCACUAGUUAAUUAGCGUUUUUUUUCUUAUUGACUUCACUUAUAUUUAAUUUAUUUUUAAAUAAAGUUAUUUGGUUUUAAGGUCA